ACCCUCCCGCGUCGCCGUACACAGCAUCAAUAUUGUCACGCAGCUGUCGCUGUCGUUUUACGUUACUUGCAGAUCUCACGUGUAAGCUCUUACUUCGAAAAAUAACUUCCAGAAAAUUAUUAUUUACAUCGCAUAACAUCAUGGAGCCCCUCGUGAAAAUCAAUCCAGGAGUAACAAAAUGGGACAUUCGUCAAAUGAUUUGGGACUAUAUUGAGGACAAGAAUCUGGCUAAUUUCCCAAGGCCCGUCCACAACAGAAUCCCAAAUUUUAAGAGUGCAGUCGAAGCGUGCAACAGGCUCACGGUCCUGCAGGAGUUCAAUUGCAGCCAGACAAUCAAAAUAAACCCAGACAGACCUCAGCAGCAUGCUCGCUUUAUCACACUGGAAGCACACAAAACUUUAUUGGUCCCAACUCCUCGUCUUCGUUCUGGCCUUUUUAACAAGAUAGUCCCCCCACAGGGAGCCAACAAAGAACAGCUGCGUGCAUGCGCUUCCUCUCAGGGCGUGAAAGAGUUCAGCGUGCCAAUCGGCCUGGAUGCCAAAGUCAAGGUCGACCUUGUGGUUGUUGGCUCUGUGGCUGUGUCAGAGAAAGGUUUCCGCAUUGGAAAAGGAGAGGGCUUUGCUGACCUGGAGUACGCAAUGAUGGCCUCAAUGGGAGCUGUGGACGAGUCCACUGUUGUGGUCACUGUUGUCCAUGACUGUCAGGUGGUGGACAUUCCCGAAGAGCUCAUGGAAAAACAUGACCUGACAGUGGACUACAUACUCACACCAAGCAGAGUCAUUAAGACAAACUGCCCGUCUCCCAAGCCACAAGGAAUCAUCUGGACCAAGCUGGACACAGAAAAGCUGGAGAAGAUCCCCAUCCUGAAGAAGCUCCUGGCUCAGGAGGAGCUGGCAGGGAAGGACGUCACGUUGGGGGCGGGGCCUCCCUCAGCUGAGCCUCUUUCGCAAACCGGUGCCCCUAAAAAGCAAAGCAGACGCAAGCCGAGACAAAAAGCGGCCCGUCAGGAUGCCCAGGAAGAGUCCAAGGAGGAGAAAAGCGGGGAGCCACAACCGAACGCCAGACAGCGUCCGGCUCGAGUGAGGAAAGAAAGUAGAGGAAGUGAGGGAGAGGCCACCGAGAGCAGGAGAAGGAAGGGCCAAAGUGGAAGGAAUAUAAAGGAGAAGAGUCCAGAAGAGAUUGGUGGUGAAGUUGUGACCCAGAGUAAGAUCCCUCCCAGUGUGACCACAGUAUAUCUGGGUGGGAUCCCCACAGGGCUGCGUGUCAGCGAGCUGAAGACAUCCCUCCGAGAGAGGGAGGUGGCCCCGCUGCGGCUCACCUGGCAGGGAGCGCAGCACCGCGCCUUCUUGGACUACAGCAACCCGGAGGCUGCCGAGAAGGCCCUGGAGGCUCUGCAGGGGCUGAGCCUGAAUGGCCACAGUGUGCAGGCCGAGCUGGCCAAGAGCCAACGCCGCAGCAAGAGGCCCGGCCCGUCCAAUAAGAAACCCAGACCGGCACCGACAUCUGACGCGGAAGCGGUGGAUUCGAAGAGUGAAGUUCACGAGCAGACUGAGUAGUAAAAGCAGAAUAACUGCACUAACCUUGAAAUGCCUUAUAACACUUGAAUUUGGUUAUAUAUAUAUAUAUAUAUAUAUAUAUAUCCAGAUUGAUUAUAGUAGGGCCACAAUUUUAUAUAAUGUAACAUCUAAAUAAAAUAUGCAACAAUAGCACAUCUAAAUGUGAAAAUAAUCUCCCUUUGUUUUGGUCGUUUUAGUAAAAUAACUAAAAUGCACAAGCAGCAUGGUAGACUAGUAUUGAGCACAUCUGCCUCCCAUUUGAGAGGUUCUCUGUUUGAAUCUCAGCCAACGUGGCGUUGACAUGUUCUCUCUACGCUUUUGUUAGGUUUUCUCCGGGUGUUUUGGCUUCCGCUCACGUUCCAAAAACAUGUUAGGUGAAUUAGGCUUUCCUUAACCGGUACCAAAAGCCCUGCUGGUGGUCUCCACAUGGCUACGGGCCAAGCAUGUGCAAAACACCACCCUCAUGUGGCCAGAUUUUGCGUGAACGCCUUCCACGCGUUUCUUCGCCCACUUUUCCAGCUCUCCUGUUUGGCCAUCCUAUGCAAGAGCUGUAUCAGAAAAUAUGCCUUUACAAAGACACAAAAGCUCAGUUUGGAUUGAUAAUUUUAUAUUCGUAAUCUUUGUUGUAGUUUACAUUCAAAUAUUAGAAACCACUCUGUAUACUGUCAUGUAGUUUUACACCACUGCAAAAUAGAGCCUCUAAUUAUUGAUUUAACAAUGUUUAUCCAUUGUUAAAUCAUUGACUUUGGCAGGACAUUAGUUUUAUGUGAACAUGAUAGCGCUUUUUAUUUCUUGAUUUGGUCUCAGAUUCAUGCCUUAAUGUGGCCAUUGUGUGUCAUUAUUAACCUUGUUUCUCACAAAAAUACAAUGUUGUAUAUCUGCAAUGUAAUUAAGAGAAGUAACAAUAGAGUGACCACAGCUCAUCUGCCUGAAGUGAUUCAGUUAAACAUAAAUGACUAUUGUAUCCCCAGUUCAUAAGAUACAAUAAAAUUUCUUGUAUUGUUGGUUGAAA